AUGUCUACAACACUUGCCAACAAAACCCCCCUCAACGGCACCGGCUACUCGUCAGAAAGCGAUGACGGUCAAGCCCAGGGUGGUCGGAGAGCAGCCGCUCUCUCUACGCUCCCGCAUCCUCCUACUUCUGAUAACUUGUCCCGACCUGCUGGAGGCCUCCUCAAAGGCGCCACCGACAAAGAAGGCAACUUGAAAGACGCCGGUCUGAUGGUCGGUAUCAAGCUCGAUCUAGAAGCUGAAGUUCAUCUCACUGCAAGAGUUCGUGGUGAUGUCGUUAUUGGCUUGUACUAG